CCUCGUUUCGCCUUACCUGGAUCUCCGCUGCUGAGCGUAGGCACUUCCGGAGCCAUAUCUGACUAGAGCGCAUGCGUGGCUCAGUGGUAGUGCAGCAGGCCCGCUGGAUCGCUGGACGCCGAAGAAGCCUUCCAUUUCCCCGCCUGAGCAGCCCUGCCAGUCUCAGUCUCUCCGCGAGGCACACGUCUUCAGGUGCUCCUUCUGUCACGAGAGCCACCUCACUGCGGGAUCUCUAUUCCCAUCGAUCCCAGUCCACGCUUGCUCCGCCGAACGCGCGACUGCUCUCGACUGCGUUCUCUCUUUCACCCGCCAGCACUACCAUGGCCGCCCUCACUCCUCCUCAGGCCGCUCCGACGUGGACUCACUCUGCCGACGAUGUUCUGCGACUCACUAAGGAAGCUAUCGAGAACGAUAAGGCCGCACUUGACAAGGUCGCUGCUCUGAAGCCCGAAGACUCCAACUUUGAAACUGUCUUCCUUCCUCUCGUCGAAGCAGAAACUGUGCUAGACGCGGUCGUGGAACCUCUGUCAUUCUACCAAAACGUUUCCUCCUCAAAGGAGCUCCGUGAUGCCUCUAACGAAGCCGAAGUUCUCGUCCGCAACUACGGAGUCGACGCCUCCAUGCGACUGGAUGUCUUCCAGGCCAAGCUUGCCGCCGAGAAGAAUAUCAUAGCGAGCGGUCAGAACCUCGACGCAGAGGAGCAGCGCUUGGUGGACAAGAUGAUCCUGGACGGGAAGCGCGCCGGGCUUGCAUUGCCCGAGGCGCAGCGCGACGAGCUGAUGAAGCUCAAGAAGGAACUGAGUCAGGCGUCUCUGGAGUUCAGCAAAAACUACAAUGAGGAGAACAAUACGGUUACGUUCACCUUGGAAGAGCUGAAAGGCGUGCCUUCGGAUGUCAUCUCCGGGUUCACAAAACGCGAGGACGGAGGAAAGGAAGUAUACGCUGUCACGAUGAAGACUCCAGACAUAUUCCCCAUCUUCAGGAUGGCCGAGAACCCAGAGACACGUAGACGAGCCUCAGAAGCCUACGAUCGCAGGCUGGAAAUCAACGCGCCCAUCUUGGACAAGAUGCUCGGUCUGCGCCGCAAGAUCUCUGGCCUCCUCGGCUACCCGACCUGGGCGGACUACGUCACGGAAGUCAAGAUGGCGAAGAACGCAAAGACCGUCGUCGAGUUCCUGGACGAUCUGGAACAGAAGCUCCGCCCCAUCAGCGCACACGAGCGCACGACGCUGCUCGCGCUCAAGCAGGAGGAGCACGCUGCGAAGGGCUACCCCUUCGACGGCGAGCUUUACAUGCACGACUUUUGGUACUACCAGCGUCGCCUCCUUGAGCGCGACCUCGAGCUCGACGACCAGAAGGUGAAGGAGCACUUCCCCGUGACCAAGGUCGUCCCCGCCAUCCUAGAGAUCUACCAGAAGCUUCUGGGCGUGCAGUUCGUGGAGGUGAAGAACGAGAAGCUGUGGCACCCAGACGUGCAGCAAUUUGCCGUAUGGGAGAACGGUGCCAAGGAUGAGUCUGGCUUCGUCGGCUACUGCUAUCUCGACCUGUUCCCGCGAGACUCGAAGUACUCGCAUGCCGCAGUCUGGCCGCUCCUUUCUGGCCACACACGGCGCGACGGCACACGCUCCUACCCCCUCGCCGCGAUGGUCGCGAACCUCGCGAAGCCAACGCCAACGGCGCCCGCGCUGAUGCAGCAUACCGACGUCGUAACGUUCUUCCAUGAGAUGGGCCACGUCUUCCAUGGGUUGCUAAGCAAGACGCGGUUUGCGAGGUUCCACGGCACUGCGGUUGCGAGGGACUUCGUCGAGGCGCCUUCUCAAAUGUUGGAAAACUGGUGCUUCGAACCCGAAGUGCUCGAGAAGAUGUCCAGCCAUUACGAGACGAAGAAGCCGCUCCCGCGCGACCUCAUCGACAAGAUCAUCAAGAGUCGCUACGUGAACGUCGGUCUCUAUUACCUCCGCCAAGUCUUCUUCGCGAAAUUCGACAUCAAGGUGCACACGGACAAGGAGCGCACCGACUACACCGCGCUGUGGAACGACCUCCGCGAGGCGACCACCACGCUCAAGUUCAAGCAGCGCGCCGCGGGCCAAGGCUCGUUCAACCACAUCGCGGGCGGAUACGACGCGGGCUACUACGGCUACACGUACUCGCUCGUCUUCGCGGCCGACAUGUACGCCACCGUCUUCAAGCCGGACCCGCUCGACCCCGCCCGCGGCGCCAAGUACCGCGAGGCGAUCCUCCGGCCAGGCGGCAGCAGGGAAGAGGACGACUCGCUCAAGGAGUUCCUCGGGCGGCCGCCGAACUCAGAGGCGUUCGUGCGCGAGCUGUUCGGGCACACGGCGUCGGUCGGGUCCAACCUCUAGCCUCCCUCGCACUAGAACUAGCACGGACUGUCUGUCACCCACGCUUUCGAUCAACUCACUCUGCAUCGCACGGCCGCAUGUCUUCUGCUCGCACACUCAAUACACACACUAUUCACGCCGAAUCCGCUCACGAGGUCGUCAACGUGACGGACCAUCUCGGACCA